AUGUGCGCCACUCGCUCACGAUCAGUCGUAGUGAGAGGACAUAGAAACGUCUGUUCGUAAGUGCAAAGCGAAAACCGCCGUGCGAUUUGUGUUUUGUUUGUUUUUUUUUUUUUUUUUCUUGUUUCACACGGGUAAUAACUUGAGGAGAAUAAUCUACAUUCUGAGCAGUCAACUGGCGAUUGUAAAGUGCGACAAUGUUCUCAUCCUUGAGCUCCUACAUAUGGGGGAAUCCUGAAAAUGGAAGCCCCACCCAAGAGAUCACGUUUACGAUCAAUGGAAAAUCAUACACCGUCAAUUCAAAGUCCGUUCCGAUUGAUACCUCUCUGAACAUCUUCAUUCGAAACCACGCCCAACUAAGUGGAACGAAAUUCAUGUGCCUUGAAGGAGGCUGUGGAGCAUGCAUCGUCAACAUAAACGGUGUCCACCCCGUCACCAAAGAGAAGUCUUCCUGGGCUGUCAACUCAUGCUUGUUUCCGGUAUUUUCUUGUCAUGGUAUGGAUGUUCUGACCGUCGAAGGCAUUGGAAACAAGAAGGAGGGCUACCACCCUGCUCAACAACGAUUGGCGCACUUCAACGGAACGCAAUGUGGGUACUGUUCUCCGGGAAUGGUCAUGAACAUGUACAGUUUGCUCGAAUCGAAAAAGGGACAAGUCUCAAUGGAGGAAAUAGAGAACUCCUUCGGUGGUAACAUUUGCCGGUGUACCGGGUAUCGACCGAUUUUGGAUGCAUUCAAAUCACUGGCGGUCGAUGCAGACAGUAAACUAGUGGAAGCGUGUCGUGAUAUUGAAGAUCUCGGCAAGAUUUGUCCUGCGACGGGCAGUGCGUGUUCCGGAAAGUGUUCGGCUACGGAUGACGCAGUCAGGCAACAGUCGAUUCGUAUGGUUUUUGCAAACGAAUCCGAAUGGCACAAGGUUUAUAAUUUGAACGAUAUUUUCGCCAUUUUUGACGUCAUUGGAGAGAAACCAUACAUGUUAGUGGCCGGCAACACUGCCCACGGCGUUUAUCGAAGAAAUGAGAAUCUUCAGAUUUUCAUCGACGUCAACUCCGUUGAAGAACUUCAUUCUCACUCACUUGGAGAUGAACUUACGGUGGGUGGAAACGUUGCUUUGACCGAUUUCAUGAACAUUCUGACGGAUGCCGCCAAUAAAAACAACAAAUUCAGCUAUUGCAAAGAGCUGGUUAAACAUAUUGACCUGAUUGCAAACGUUCCCGUUCGUAAUACCGGAACCAUCGCCGGUAAUUUGUGUAUAAAAAACCAACAUCAUGAGUUUCCGUCCGAUAACUAUUUACUUUUGGAAGCGAUUGGCGCAACAAUUACCAUUGUUGAGUCCGGAGGAAAAACAAACACCGUCAGCCCUAUGGAAUUUGUGCAAAUAGAUAUGAACAAAAAGGUGAUCAAAACUGUUGCCUUACCUGCGUUGGAUCCCAGCGUGUACUUUUUCCGUUCGUAUAAAAUCAUGCCAAGAGCACAAAAUGCUCAUGCCUAUGUAAACGGAGCUUUCAUGGUUAAACUGAAUAGUUCGAAAAAUAGUGUUGAAAGUGCCCGAAUCUGUUUCGGAGGUAUAAAUCCAAGUUUCACCCACGCUUCGAAAACUGAGCAAAUGUUAGCAGCUACUAAUCUUUUCGACAACGCCACAAUUCAGUCCGCUUUCGCCACCCUUUCUACGGAACUGAAUCCGGAUUGGAUUCUCCCAGACGCAUCGAGUGAAUAUCGCAAAAAUUUGGCAAUUUCUCUGUUCUACAAGUUUAUCCUAAGCAUUGUGCCGGAGGGGCAAUACAAUCUCAAACCAGAGUACAAGUCAGGUGGCACUAUAUUAGAACGUCCUCUAUCCUCCGGCAAACAGACCUUCGAUACCUACGAAAAGAAUUGGCCUCUAACGAAGAAUGUUCCCAAGUUGGAAGCAUUAGCUCAAACGUCGGGCGAAGCUAAGUUCUGUAACGAUCUACCGACACAACCAGGAGAACUGCACGCUGCUUUCGUUCUCGCCACUCAAGCAAACUCCAGGAUUGGAAAAAUAGACGCCUCUAAUGCGUUGAAAUUACCCGGCGUUGUUGCAUUCUACUCCGCGAAAGAUAUUCCCGGAACGAACAACUUCAUGCCAGCCGGUUUAGGAAACCAAGAUGUCGAGGAAAUCCUCUGCAGCGAAGUAGUUCAAUUCCAUGGUCAAACGGCAGGAAUUAUCGUUGCUGAAACAUUUAACCUGGCACAGAGAGCGGCAAAGGAAGUGAUUAUAACGUACGAAAAAAUAUCGAACAAACCAAUCUAUCCAACUUUAAAAUCAGUCAUGGAUGUUAACGCUCAGGACCGCUUUUUCGACGUUUCAUUCGACAAACGCGGCAAGGCUUACCGGGUGGCACAGGCAGCAACGGCAACAAAGAACGUGAAGGGUCGAUUUGAAAUCGCCGGUCAGUAUCAUUUCACAAUGGAAGCACAGACCUGCGUUUGUGUUCCCAUCGAGGAUGGUAUGGAUGUCUACUCUUCCACUCAGUGGAUGGAUCUCACUCAGGUGGCGAUAGCUGAAUCGCUCAAAGUUCCCCAAAAUAGCCUAAAUUUACAAGUGCGUCGUUUGGGUGGUGGCUAUGGAGCUAAAAUCUCACGGGCCACAUUGAUAGCUUGCGGUUGUGCCUUAGCAGCACAUUUAACACAACGCCCUGUUCGCUUCGUGUUGCCUAUUGAGACGAAUAUGAAAGCAAUCGGCAAGCGAUAUGGUUGCAUUAGUGACUACGAUAUAGAUGUUGAAAAAACUGGCAAAAUUACUAAAUUGAAUAACAAUUACGUCCAGGAUUAUGGAGUGUCACUGAAUGAAUCGGUUCAAGCUGCUAGUACAGAAUUUUCUAAAAACUGUUACGAUGCAAAGACCUGGAAAAUCGUUGGAAAAGCAGUGAAAACGGAUGCUCCGAGUAACACCUGGUGCCGGUCACCUGGAACAACUGAAGGUGUGGCUAUGAUAGAAAACAUAAUGGAGCAUAUAGCUCAUGAAACAGGAUUAGAUCCGUUCGAAGUGCGCAUGGCAAACAUGACUAAGGACAACAAAAUGCAAGAAUUGAUGCCGCAAUUCCGCAGGGAUGUGGAGUACGAUGAACGUAAGCGAGUAAUUGAUGAUUUCAACGCCAAAAAUCGUUGGAAGAAACGUGGAAUUGGUAUUAUUCCGAUGCAGUAUUGGCUGGACUAUUUUGGACAGUUGAACGCUAUCGUGUCGAUUUUCGCUGGAGAUGGAACUGUUGCCGUCACUCACGGUGGCAUUGAGAUGGGUCAAGGUAUGAACACUAAAGUCGCACAGGUUACGGCGUACGGAUUGGGAAUUCCUCUGGAGAAAGUCAGCGUUAAACCGUCCUCCACUCUGACAUCACCUAAUGCUAUUGUUUCGGGUGGAAGUAUGACCAGUGAAGCCGUAUGCUAUGCAGUGAAAAAAGCUUGCGAAAUGUUGGUGGAACGAAUUAAACCUGUCCGUGAUGCCAACCCAGAUGCACCUUGGGAAAUGAUUGUUAAGCUGUCCUAUGUUAAAAAUAUAGACUUAUGCGCUGAAGCACAGUACAAGGCGGAGGACCUAAAACCGUACUACAUUUGGGGCUUAAGUUGUGCUGAAAUAGAGGUGGAUAUUCUUACUGGAAAUGUCCAGGUCAAACGAGUGGAUAUCUUAGAAGACACCGGAGAAAGCAUGAGUCCCGGAAUCGAUGUUGGUCAAAUUGAGGGAGCAUUUGUGAUGGGCAUUGGAUACUACCUAACUGAAGCGCUCAUAUAUGCCAACGAAAAUGGUGCUAUUAUGACUGAUCGUACCUGGACAUACAAACCACCCGGCGCCAAAGACAUUCCAAUCGACUUUCGCGUCAACUUUCUACAAAGAAGUGCCAACCCGGCUGGGGUGCUACGGUCAAAGGCAACCGGAGAACCUGCUCUCAAUAUGGCGAUUGUUGUAUUGUUUGCCUUACGCUAUGCUCUGAGAGCCGCGAGACUUGAUGCCGGCCUGCCAGACAAAUGGAUUCCACUCGGUACACCAACCACUCCGGACCAGGUUUACCUGGCUGCUGGUAACACCAUCGAACAAUUUAUGCUAAACUAGAAAGAUUAUCGAACAGUAUUCUUCAGCUAUUCUCAUUUUGGUGCUGGAUUUAGGUAGUUUCCCGAAAUAUAUAAAAUCAUACACAGAAC